AUGACCACUCAGCGACGACUGUCGCCCCUCCUCUUCGCUCUCUUCCUGGUGUUCUUCUUCUUCUUCAUCUUCCAUACGACACAUCUCACUACAUCCUUGCGACAUGUACCAAAAGUGAUAGGGUUGAGCGAGGAUGAAGAGCCAGAGUCCGAGAACGUCCUCCUGGAAUCGCACGAGUCCAAGAAUAUGCAUACAUUCGCAAAUCCGAAUCCAGCUUUUGUCCCCGGUACUCCGAAACAUCCCAACGCGGAAUACACGAAAACCUUGGUGAUAGGGCGAAAGAAAGAGGAGAACACACUCUGGGUGGAUACAGAAUUGGAGGACAUGCUCGCUCCUAAGGGACCGCUACGGACGGCCAUAUACGUGGUAGACGACAAGAAUGCAGAACUGCACACCCCAAAGAACAAGGGACAUGAAGCGAUGGUAUACCUUUCGUACAUCAUCGACAACUACAACAAUCUCUCUGAUGUCAGCAUCUUCAUGCACGCACACCGUUAUGCCUGGCACAACAACGAUAUUAUGGAUCUCGACUCUGCUCAAAUGAUUCGCAAUCUCAACCCCAAUCAUGUCAUCCGACAUGGCUAUGUCAAUCUCCGCUGUCAUUGGUCUCCUGGCUGUCCUGCCGAGAUCAGUGGUAUCCAUCCUGGAGCGCUGGUCGCUAAUGCCCAGAGGCAGGAAGAGAUGAUCAUUGCGGAAGCCUGGAGCGAGAUAUUCCCUUUGGACCCUAUCCCACCUACACUAUCGCAGCCCUGUUGCGCGCAAUUCGCUAUCAGUAGGGAGCGCAUACAGGCUGUUCCUCUGUCCAAAUACAUUUACUACAGAGACUGGCUACUGAAGACACCGCUCUCCGACAGUCUAUCGGGCAGAGUAUUUGAGCAGAUCUGGAUCUUUAUUUUCGGUGGUGUCGCAGUGGACUGCCCAGCCAUGAACAUCUGUUACUGUGACGGGUAUGGCUAUUGUUUUGGCGGCCCAGAAAAGUACGACGAAUUUUUCGAUUUGCGCUAUAUCCUCAGAGACCACGAAAACGAGGCGCGUGAGAUCCGCAAGAACGAGGCUCUGAUCAUGGAGGCCAAGUCUGAAGGCCGAUUACCAGAAGAGACUGACAAUCUAGUGAUUCCGGAACCUGGACGCAAAGAAUGGAUCCACGACGAGAUUGAGAAGCUACGUUGGGAGCUCGGAGGACGAAGGGCCGAGGCGUGGAAUAGGGGACGGGAUCCUCGCAACCGUGCUAUAGAGGCUGGUCGACAGUGGAAAGAGGAAGAUGGGUUUUAA